UAAACCAUUGUGUGCUAUUUUCAGUACUAUUAUUGGACCAGAAUGUAAAAGAAACUGAAUGAUUUCAAACAAAAAACAGGAAAUGAAAACGUGUAUAUGGGAGGAGCGCCACCUGCUGGUCAGAAUUAGAGUUUGGAUUCCAGACUAUUACUAAUAGCCAAUCAGAAUAGAGUUAGCGUUGCCUAGCGACUCACACCAAACAAUAUGGAGCGCCAUUGAGUGCAGCAUGAGCAGCCCUUUGAUUACUUUGGGAAAAGCCCGUAAACCCAGGAUAUCGGUGGAACAGCAGAGUUAUAGCGGGAGGCAGAAGCGGUCGCACGAAACUCCACUGGCGGCUCACUGUGAGGAUGGAGGCAGAAGUUCUCCGGCUCUGGACGCAACAAGGGAAACUGCGAUACACUUGGCAGGGCAAUUGUCGAGACCUCCGAUUAGACCGACGAACCAGUUACCUGCUCUUGAAUCCCCUGGAAGACGAGCUGCACCUUUCAAGCCCAUGGCACAUUACACAGAAGAAGAGCUGGCAUUACUUGGGGGUCUCUCAUCAAAUACCACAGCACCUAUAAACAAAGUGAAUUACUCCCUUGUUGAGAAAGUUGUACAGGGUUCUGCUCCCAGUGACUUUGACCUGUUAAAUUCUACAAUGAAACGUUUAGGAGAUCUGGAAAGGAAGGUGUGGGCCCAGGAACAAGAGCUACAGCUGAAGGAUCAGGAAAUCAGAGGCCUAGAGAAGAAAAUUGUGAGACUGCAGCAGCUACAUUCAGGGAAUGCCACAAGUGGAAAGAGAGAACAAGAACUGGAACAACAGUGUAACAAACUAAAAAAACAAAUCCGUGAGAUGGAGAGUUUCCUUGGUGAUUAUGGACUGGUUUGGGUUGGGGAAAAUAAUGCAGAUGUCUCACCUGCUUCCACUGCCAGGACACAAAGCCCAGUCCCUACAUCACUUACCUCUUUCCAACCAGACUUUGAUCGAGUCCUGGAAAACUUAAGAGAUUUGAAUGUGCUUGGAGGUGAGGGAGAAUCCCAUAUUAAGUACCAAAAGGGAGGGGCCCGUUUUAAAGCACCCGAGUCUGUCCCACUCACUCUGUAUAAAAAUGGAAUUAUUCUGUUCCAAGGACCCUUUCGAUCCUAUCAGGAGAAAUCCACACAGUUAUGUAUGAGAGAUAUAAUGGAUGGCUAUUUUCCCUCUGAACUUCAGAAUCGAUUUCCUGAUGGUGUCACAUUUCAGGUCACAGACAACCGUAACGUAGUUUUCCAGGAGCAGAGCCGAUGGGAUGAUUUUCCUGGUUCUGGUCAGACUGUUGGGAGCUCAGGAAAUAACAUACAAACUAGCAAAAAGCCAGGGUUGCAGCUCUCCACUGACCAGUUUUUGAAUAGACUGCCUAAAUCUGUGGUUCGUGGGGGAAGAAUUGUAGACAUACGAGGUGCUGUCAAAGACACUCUGCAGGGGUCAGAAGAAAAUGAGAUGCCAAAAGAGAUCCUAGUUGAAUCCCCCCAGCUAUCAAAAGAGCAGAGCACACAGAAGAACAUUGCAGUGUCAACUUUAAGGAUCAGGUCCGUGUCUGGUGAAAAAACCUAUAAAGUGCGAAUGUUGUCUUCAGAAACCCUUGCUGACCUGCGAAAUUACCUGUCCAUUUGCAGCAGGGCCCCUGAUCUCUCCUCCUACAACAUAAUCAGCCCUUUCCCUUAUUGUGUGUAUGAAGAUGAUACUUCUACCCUGGAAGAGAUUGGCCUUGUCCCCAAUGCUUUUCUAGUUCUCAGAGCAAGAAGUGGGGAAGGAGCACAAAAGCAAUCACAAAAAUAGCACACCUCUGAGAAAAAGACUUUUGUUUUUGAAUCUAAAGAACCAACCAAAACUGAAGACAGUCAUCUUUUAUCUCUUCCCUAGGACAGUUCGACUUCAACUUUACAACAUGCAAUUAUAUAUAAUAUAAUUCUACAGAUAUACAUGACCAUAAAGGAACAAUAAACCAAUACUUACACA